UUGUUUAACAAAUAAAAAUUAUUUAUUAUUUAUAGAAAUAAUUAUUUUUCAUGGGAUUAUAUUUUCUCUUAUUUUUCUAGAUGUUUUUUCUAUUAAUACAAAUUCAUAAGUUUGAGUUGUGUUAAUUUGAUAAUAAAAACAUGCGUUAUGAAGUCUGUGUGCUCAAUAAGUUUUUUUACUUGUGUAUUUUAUUACAAAUUAGUGUGUGUUUUUAAAGCAAAUGUAAAGCAUUUUUGGACUUCAUUAGUAGAACUUGUUUCACUAGAAAGGAUUAUUACAUCAUGCCAGAUGAAGAAGGAAAAGGAGCAGGAAGAAAGUAAAACAAAGCUUUAUAAGUGGGAUUUUUACAUUUCUGGUCCAACCCAUCUCACUUCUGUUGAUUGGAGAAAACAAGAUCAUACAAGAUCGGUUCUGGCUAGUUUAAUUCAAGGAGUGUACAUAAUUGGGAGAGAUCGACAACAAAAACGAACAGAAGACAAAGCACUUGCUCCAUCUUGGUGGAAUUUCUUCCAUUUCCAACCCAUCAAAACACUUAUAGAUCCAUUUGAUUCUUCCAUUUUUGGAUCCAUUUUUGAGCACAAAUUCCAUACCCAUACUCCUAACUAUGAUCAUCUAGGUCUUCCUCCAAGGUAUGUUAUUGCCUUCCGUGGUACUAUCUUAGAACCUGACACCCGAAAACGAGACCUCUACUUGGAUGUCCAAAUACCCUUAAACGGGUUGACCCGUGACCCUAGAUACCAUAUAUCAUAUCAAGAAGUUCAAACUAUACUAAACCAAACAAGCCCUAAAGAUGUUGUAUUAACAGGGCAUUCCCUAGGAGCAGCUAUUGCACUUCAAGUAGGAAAAGACAUAACUAAAAAAGGAUCUCAUAUUCCAACUUAUCUUUUUAACCCUCCAUACACAUGUGCCCCGAUUGAGAGGAUAAAUAACCCGUAUUUGAAAUCCAAGAUCCGGGUUGCUAAAAGUAUGGUAACUGCAGGGGUAUACAAAGUUGUUAAAAAGAAUAAUACUCUUACCCGAGAACUUGACCCGUUUUAUUCACUAUGUUCAUGGAUUCCUAACUUGUUUGUAAACCCUAAUGACCCGUUUAGUUGUGAGUAUAUCGGGUAUUUUGAGCAUCGAGGAAGGAUGAAGGAAAUGGGGAAAGAUAAAACAGAGAAUAUUGCAAUGAAGAAUUCAUUGAUGAGUAUGUUAGCAGGAGCAUUUGGGAGGGAUAAUGAAGCACCACAUCUAAUUCCAUCAGCAUUACUUGUGAAGAACAUGGUAAGUUUAGGGCAAACUAUUAAAGAAGCUCAUUGUGUUGAUCAAUGGUGGAAACCACAUCCUCAUUGGGACUCUAAACUUUAUUUGUGGGAGAAUGUAAUUGUAAAUAAUUAUGUUUGAUUUUGUCAUUAAUCGUUAUCCUUUUAUAGUAUCCCAAAAAUUAUGAUCGGGUCGAUGUUGUUUUUCUGCAGGUAGUUUUAAUCUUGAGGCAAUAACGUUAAUCACAUUCCUUUCUAUGUAGGGCUCUCACUUUUUAGGGAUAAAAUUGACCACUUUCCUCUAGUACUUCGUCUCAUGGAAGUACGGGUAUGGAUUCUCCGUCACCUUCCCUCACCCGGAUUCUAUCUUCGAGUGAGAUAUUGAGUUAUUGAUGAUGAUGAUGAAUACUUAAGAAAAAUUAAAAAUGGUUUUGAAAUGUAAAUUAAACGGUUUGAAAAUAAUAAUGGUUUUAAUCACCUGUGGUUUUGAAAUGUAAAUCAGAAUGUGUUAAAUAAAGUCAUCAACCACUUCUUUUUUAUCAAUGCAUAAAUUAGUUAAUAAUUUAUAACAAAAGGCGGUAAAAUUCUACUCCUAUCAACCCCUUCUUAUUAAGCUAAAUUUAAAAGCUUUAAUUACUUACCAACCUUUGUUAAAUUUUGUGGCAUUUUCAGUAGUAUAAAUAGGCAGCUCAUCACUUGCAUUUUUCUCAUACCACGACAACAUUCUUGAGUGGCAAAGCAAAAGUGAAAACAAUAUUUAGAGUGAGUUAUUGUAAAAAUAAGAGUGAGCUACUACAAUGUAGUAGUAGUAUUUAUAUUGUAAUCUUAUAUGUUUCUAGUGAUAUUAUUAUUACUUUAAGCAUUAGUUGUUCAAUACCACUCUAAAUUUUAUUGUCCACAUUAUUAUUUUGCUAUUUUUCCACAUAAAAAUACCCCAAACUUCUCUACAAUUAGUAUCAGAGCAAAAUGGUCUACUGUGAGACUCACUUUGGUAAAUUAUCAGCAAUAGACUGCUAAAUUAGUCAAAAUAAUUUUGGCUACCGAAUGAUCAAGUGAUCACAUGGAAAUUUCAUCUGUGUGCAAUCUGGGAUUGUGAAGUUCUUGGUGAGAGACCAAACUUACUUAUUACGUGAAAGACGUAACUAAGUUACAAAUGACAGAUAUUGUGAGUACAUAUGGUGAUAUUGAGAAACUCAAAAAUAAUAAUUACACUACAUGGAGCAUACGUAUGCAAUUUUAUUUGUUGGGUCAAGACCUUUAGGGUAUAGUCAGUGGUGGUGAUACCACGGUACCAACUGAUGUAGAAGAGUCACAGAAGUGGAAGAUUAAAGCCGAAAAGGCGAUGUACGUGUUGACAGCAACUGUUGAAGACGAGUUGUUGCACCGUAUCAAGGAUGCGAAGACACCCAAGGAGGCGUGGGACACAUUGUCAAGGUUGUUUUCAAAGAAGAAUGAUACUCAACUCCAGAUGCUAGAGAACAAGCUAAUAUUGAUUCAACAAAAUAAAUUGAUGGUGAACCAAUAUUUCACUAAAGUCAAAACUUUGUAUAUGCAAAUCACAAAGUUGGAUCCGGAGAAUUCGAUCAUGGAGACUAGGAUGCGAAGGAUCAUUGUGCGCAGCUUGAAGUCGAUGCUUAAUGGUCUUGUCACGGCCAUCCGAGGUUGGGUUACAUAACAACUCUAAUCGAGUUUGAAAAUGUGUUAGCUAAUCAGGAAGCUCUAUAUAAUCAAAUGUCCAGAGUUUCUGUCAAAGAUGAAGAGAAUGCUCUAUUUGGAAACAAAAAUCCAAAUAAGAGUAAUGAGAAAAUUGGUCAAUCGAAUAAUCCAUUACCUGGAAAGUCAAAUCAAAAGUCAGGAUGAUUUUGGAAAAGACGAGGAAAAGGAGGCUUCCAUCAAGGGGGGCUUGAGAUCGACAAGAAAAUCAUAAUAAAGAUAAGAACCGGACACGACGAGAACUUGUUUGCUACAACUGUAGUAAAAAAGGGACAUUAUGCUCUUAUUUAUUAUUAUUAUUUUAUUUUUAUUUUAUUUUUUUUAAUUUUUUUUUAAAAAAACAAAUUAAAAGAAAAGGAAAAGAAGAGAGAAAAAAUUGAGAAUAU